UACAAGUUCGCUGCUGGUUUACUCGGUUCCUUGGUGCUUUCACAGAAUAUUCUAGUUCUCAGUUAACAAUAGGAAGCUUUUUACAGUCAAACCUAAAGAAAAUGUCAAACCCAACACCCGUGUCCAAACCUGGAAAUCCAGAUAACCCUCGAGUUUUCUUUGAUGUAGAUAUCGGCGGCGAAACAGUCGGCCGCAUUGUGUUUGAGGUCUUUGCUGAUGUCGUCCCUAAAACAGCAGAGAAUUUCCGUGCUCUGUGUACUGGUGAGAAAGGGAUCGGUCAAAGCACCGGGAAACCAUUGCACUUCAAGGGCUGUCCUUUCCACCGGAUCAUCAAGCAAUUUAUGAUCCAGGGUGGUGAUUUUUCCAAUCAGAACGGAACUGGAGGGGAGAGCAUCUAUGGGGACAAGUUUGAGGAUGAAAACUUUCACUAUAAGCAUGACAAAGAGGGGCUGCUCAGCAUGGCGAACGCCGGCCCCAACACAAAUGGCUCCCAGUUCUUUAUAACUACUGUUCCCACCCCGCACUUGGAUGGAAAACAUGUGGUCUUUGGCCAGGUGCUUAAGGGAAUGGGGGUGGUGAAGAUGCUGGAGAAGAUGGAAACUAAGGAAGAUAAUCCUGUCGAGCCCUGCGUCAUCGCUGAAUGUGGAGAGCAUAAAGCGGGAGACGACUGGGGAAUCGCCCCUAAUGAUGGCUCAGGAGACACAUACUCAGACUUUCCUGAAGUCUCUGACCUGGACUUUAAAAAUACAGAUAAAGUCUUGUCUGUGGCAGAGGAUAUCAAAAACAUCGGAAAUACAUUUUUCAAGGAGCAGAACUGGCAGUCUGCCAUCAAGAAGUAUUCAAAAGCUCUCAGGUAUUUAGAGUUUUGUGGCAACAACUUAGAAGAUGAUAGUGCCCAAAAGAUGCUGGAGCCCACAGCUUUGAGCUGCAUACUCAAUACAGCUGCCUGUAAACUCAAACUGAAACUCUGGCAAGAUGCAAUCGAGAGCUGUGAUGAGGCCCUAGAGCUCAACCAAACGAACACUAAAGCGUUGUUCAGGAGAGCCCAGGCCUGGCAAGGACUGAAAGAAUACAACAAGGCCAUGAUUGACCUGAAGAAAGCACAGGAGAUCGCACCAGAUGACAAAGCAAUCGGAAAUGAAAUGCAGAAAGUAAAGCAGCAAGUGAAGGAAGAGAAGGAGAAAGAAAAGAAGAUUUACGCCAAAAUGUUUGCAUAAGGAAACAGCAGUGACCUCACUCUACACCGACCUACUUGCACUUGCUAACUCACAUUGCGCAUCAUUCUAUUUAGUGAUUUAAGACUAGAGACGAAUGAAAAAAGCCUUUGGAGAUUCUAAUAUAACGUAAAAGCAACAUGUGCAGAAAGAGAUACUUAUCUGUACUGUUUUGUCUGAGUGAUAUAAGGAACAACAUUUCAAUGCAUUUUAGCUGAACCAAUCUCAAAGGUAUUGACUACUGUGCAAGGUUCAACGUAGUCUUAAGAAAUGGGUUGACCUUUAACUAUGCCUUGGAUUAUUUUUUUGUCUCUGGGUUUAUUGGCCCUAACUGUUGUUCUACUGACCGGAGUCUAAAAAAAGCUUUUUUUUUGUGAAAUUGGAAUUGAGAAAGUGCAAAUUAGUUGAGUUGAAUAAAAUGUAACCAAUAUUUUCUGAGUAAAAUGUGUUUGUGGG